UCUAUAUAUGUGGAUGCUUUGGAAUAAAGUGUUUCAUCAAUCAGUGAGAAUGGUGUUAAAAACAAGAUUUCCGAAUGUUACACUAUUUGUGCUAUAUAAACUAUAUCUGAUUAGCUCUGGGAACUGCUUGUACUAUCACCAUAUGGAAUAUCAACGAUACAUAGAGCCUGCUUCAGAUUUGACAUUUUCAUCUGCACCCACAUUAUCAAUCUUGGCUACGAAGUUGACCGAGUGUUUAGAUUUAUGUCGGAAAUUCUCCCAGUGUGCCUCUGUGUUUUAUGAUGAGAGCAGCUUAAAUUGUUCGGUCUUUGAAGGAACCUCCGACGUAACAGGACCAGGAAAAAACCAGCGAUACUUGGUUGUGACUAAAGAUGUCCUACACCCGGAUGUUAUCAGUUAUGCCGAGUCUCUUUGCAAUGCGGGAUAUACCUUUGAUGCCACUGCCCUAGUUUGUUACAAGAUAGACAUUACACCAAGAGACAAGAGCAAUGCCAUCUCGUUUUGCGAGGAAUCCGAUGGACAUCUAAUGAGAAUUGACACAUACAUUAAACAAAGCUUUGCUGAAGGUCUUAAUCUUAAAGAAGAAGGUUCCAUCUCCAAGUAUCGUGUGGAUGGAGACAAAAUAGAUGGCCUAUGGUAUUUCUCUAAUGGAAGGCCCAUUUCAGAGUUGUAUUGGUACCCCGGCGAGCCGGCACAGACGGCCCACACAUCAAUAGGUCUCAGGGUGGCAUACCUAGGAAAAUGGGACGAUAUAUCAAGCCAAGCAGUACACGGUUGCAUCUGUGAACGAGACAUUGCAUUAUCAUGAAUGUUCUUACUCCAUUAUAAUUCUAUCGGCCAUUUUACCUUUUAUGAUUAUAAUUUCUGUAUAUCUUAUAUUUAUCACAUAAGAUAUUAAGCAGUGUGUCCGUAAACGGAAGAGUCCAGUUGAGAGUACCAUUAUUUUUUUUUCAGUAGUGCUAUGUCAACAUAUUGUAAACCAUGCGUCAAAAUGUCUUUGUCAACAUACAUAUUUCUCAGUAAUAAAGAAAUGCAAAUUACAAAUACCCGCAAUGGAAACAAACAUAAUUCAUUUCAAGUAAUAUAUACCUAGCCUGUGUGUACAUGGUUUCAAGGACUGGGUGACUCAUUCUACACGCCAAACGCUCGGCAUCAGGUGUAAAUGUCACGGGUCCUCGGAGAUUACCUUAAAUACGGAUGACCCGUAUCACAGUAGGUGUGGCACGCUUAAGAACCCUCACUGCUCAAGGACCGUAGGCGCCGAGCAUAGGCCAAUUUGAAACCCUUCACCGGUCUAGGUGACGUCUCCAUCUGAGUGAAAAAAUUCUCGAGCGAGACGUUAAGCAAGACAAGCCGAACAAACAAACGUACUUUUGGAGUACCCUGUUCGUUAGUUUGUUCAGCUUCAUCACUGAUGUGAAGUGAAUCGUAGUAAAACUCAUCCCUUUAUAUACCAUGCAAACCCUGAUACAUAUAACAAUCGAACAUUCCUAUUGUAUAUGGAGAGGUCACCAAUGCCGGUGAAGGACUUGUGCUCGGCGCUUAUGGCCAUUGAGCAGGGGGGGAUCUUUAUCGUGCCACACAUGCUGUGGCAUGGGGCCUUGGUUUUGCGAUAUCAUUAGUCGGCUUUUACAAGCAAGGGUAUUGAGGCUAGUUGUAUUCAGCGCGCUCGCGCGGCAAUCGUGGUUAAUGUUUUCCUGUAGAAUUUGCUGUGGUAAUAAACACUCAGAUGAGCUUGAUAUUCUCUACGUUUCAACUUUAUCGCUUGUUUUUUUCUGCCCCCGAGAUGGAAAGUCAAGGGGGUCUGAAACUUUAAC